AUGCAAGAUUCUGUGCACCGCCCAAUCAGCGUGAAGGAGAACGCUGACAUGGCAUGGAGGAAUCGUUGGCUGUUACGGUGCCAUGACGGCACCCCUGCUCUGUGCGUGAAAAUCAACAGUGGAAAAUACUCACAUCACAUGCACACAGUGUGUUGCUCAAAUUUGACUUUGCGACUAAGCCUAGUUCACAAAACCCAAAUCCUGAUUGUUUUGCAUAUCAAACAGGCUUGCCAAGAAGCAUCUGAAAUGAUUAACCCUAUAGAAACUAAAGCCCCUGCACUUUCCUUCAUGAAAAGCGUGUCAAGAGCAGGUGCACCGUCAUCCAAGACACAUCCAACAAAACCAACAAGUUUGGGAUCCGUGACAGUUCACAACGCGUCUUUGGGUGAUAAACCUCAGAUCACUCCUAGCAAUGAAUACAGAGCAAUUAUCUUUGAAGGUCAAGGCAGAGUAAACCAACUGGGUGGGAUGUUUAUCAACGGUCGACCACUGCCUUAUGAGACAAGACUUAAAAUUGUACAGUUGGCAAACAGCGGAGUACGGCCAUGCGAUAUUUCACGCCAGCUCAAAGUUUCACAUGGAUGCGUCAGCAAAAUAUUACAGCGGUAUAACGAAACCGGCAGUGUGAGUCCUGGAGCUACGGGUGGGGCUCGUAAAUCUCGCUCAAACAUACAAACAGACAAAAUAUCCACAACUCGGAGGAAUGAGAUAGAAUGCAAUGGACCAAGAAAUAGGCCACAAUCAACAGAGGACCACCAUUCAAGACAGUUGCGUCAGAACACACUUCGAAAAUUCUCAAAUUCCUCGUCUGCACAAUCAGCUAACUCCUUCGAAUGGCUUAAAGAAAUGUCCAACCGAUUCACUUCUGCGAGAGAGGGUCAAAUGGAAGUUGAUUGCGUGGAUACUCCAGGAGAUGUUGAAGGGACAGGAUGCAUACGUUCGAUGCAACCUAGUAGUCAGUGUACAUCUGGCGCCAUAGACUUACGCACCUCCUACUGCUCGAAGUCGCACACAUUGGAACAGUUAUCGAAAAUCACCGAGGAAGACGGGUUCACUGUACAUCCCAUGGAGUUUCAGGAAAAUUCAUCACCUCAAGGCAUUACAAUUGAGGGAACAAAUCCGCGGACCAUUAGUUCAUCGAUCGAAUGUCAAGGUGCUGGUGAUUUCAAACACACUUCACCAUUGUCAACCAAAUUUGCUUAUACAGAAACCUCUCCUUCUGCAAAGCAUGACCUUCGGUCAACAAGCGUAACUGGCGCAAAUUAUGAUGUGACAGAGACGCACAAUGGGGAGGAAACACGAACUAUCAGCUGUUCUAAAAUGAAACAUAAGAAGUUUUCCAAUAUAAUGGUCCCUUCCCCCAACCCCCAUUUUCCAGAAUUUUCUCCACAGCACGAAGACGAAGAGUUGGCCAUAAUCGGGGGUCCUCGUAACCAUCAGAACGCAAAGCGUCAAUAUUACGGCGAAGAUGUGAUGCAGUGUGAAGCACUAGGAGAAGGUAUUAAAGGACAUCAGGACUUUCAGUGUCCUGCUUCAUUGAAUUACUCGGUAUCGCGCUUGAAAGGGGAUGAGUGCGCUGAACCAAAACAGACCGUCGUGGCGGAAACAUCUUCAUCAGAACUAGAGGUGGCCAUGAUAGAGUCACAAGACGAGUAUUCACAUGAAGAGACCUCUCCAGCAGAUUCUAGAGGCAUUGAUCCCAGCUUGGCCGCAUCCGUUGGGAGAAGGAAUAGAACCACCUUUUCAGAAAAUCAGAGAUGGCCUUCCAACGAACACACUAUCCAGAUCUACAAGUGCGUGAAUACCUCGCCGCGCGUACCAAUCUGCCAGAAUGCAAGAUACAGCAUUCAGAUAACCACCACUGUGAGGCGGUGUCUAAACGGAUAUUCAUUUAGUGGUCUGAAUACUCAGAUCGUAGCAUUUGAGCUGAUAAUGCUUAUACUUUAUGUCACUGCGUUAAAGGUGUGGUUCAGCAAUCGGCGUGCUCGCUGGCGGAAACAACUGGUUAUGGCACAAGAGACUGGGCAGCAGCCGGCAGCUACGGUUGAGUCUCCAAAUAUAAAACCCACACUGUCGUCCUACAAGAGUCCAGAUGCAUUUCAUACUUGGUCAGGUGAUCGCUGGCCUUACUGGAUAUCUCGUACACCAGAGAAAACUCGACCUACGUUCUCUGUGCAUGACCUUCUGCCCACAGGCCUCAUACCACUUCCCAGGACUCCCGAACCCUUACCUACCAUUUCAACACUCCGCCCAACGCAAGGCAGUACGGACACACAAACCUCACCUUUCGCUCAACACUCCCUAUUUUCAAAGCCACGAUUCACGGUUCCCUUUGUUGGAAUGAAUGUGCCCCUUCAACCUUCCCAUAUCGAUUUGGGUCCAUUUUCUGCCAACAUCACUCAUCAGGAUCUACAGUUAUCUUCUGCGCAGUAUUCACACAGAAAAUCGGACAAUGAAAAACCUUCAUUCCUUGAAUUUGCAAAAGCAGAUAACUCGGUACGGACACCUUUGUUCGACAGAGAAGAUAAAAACAACCUCGUCAAAAUACAACCAACUCUGUCUUCUACCCAGUGGCUGAUGGCACAGGGGUUCUUCACAAGAAUGUACUCAGUGAAAUACCGUGAAGACUGCAGAAACCUACCUGACUGGUUUUGGGUUUUUCAUCUGUCAUCCAAUCCACCACGAAAAAAUUGUCAGAUAUCCCACCAUAGUGUUUUCACUCCGCUCUGUCCUCCACAGCAUUGA